GUCUACAUAACCGGCCGUACGCAGCCAUGUUUUUGUUUCAUUAAUCUAUGACGCUAACGUUAUUUUAUUAUUAACUUAAAAUGUUAAUUUUAUAAAUCUUAAUUAGUCAAUUCAUAAUAUUAAUCGAUUAUAAUAAUAAAAAUCUUGAGUGGCAACGCGUAUGUAAGAAGUGUGAGGAUUUUGACAUCCAAUGUGUACGCUCGAGUUUUUGUGUUAGAUUGUUGAAUACAAACAAUGGAUAAUUUGUCACUAUUUCCACCCGGUGUUGGACCGCAGGAUGAUUUUGAUUUUCCCAAUACAGGAAAAUCAAAACUUUACAAAGAUUCUGGUUUUGGGAAUACAUCUGAUAAAGAAAAAUCAAAACGAUCAAUAUCCUCUCCUUCAAGAUCAAAGCGUUCUGAAGAUAGAUAUGACAAACAUGAUCGCGAUAGGAGUUCAGACAGGUCUCCUAAACGAUCGAGGGACAGAUAUAGUGAACGUUAUGAGCGGGAGGAUUCUUAUGAAAGGAGGUCAUCCCACAGAAGUCGUAGAUCUCCCUCUUCGCCUUCUCCGCCACAAUCUAAACGGUCUCGUCAAUCUCGUGAUUCCCAACAAUAUGACAGAAGAUCCUAUAGAGAUCAAUCUGAUAAUCAAUUUAUGGAUCGUCCUCAAGUUUAUAAUAGUAAUAAUUAUCAACCACAACAAUAUACGCAGGCGCCUCCAGCUUAUGGAAAUCAACCUCCUCAAUUUCCUGCGUAUAUACCUGCUCCUGGAAAUGAAGCGUUUAUUACAAAUUCUUAUAUGGGUGCAAAUUAUAUAGCACCGAAUACAGCUCAUCCUCCUCCAAUGAUUGGAACCAUGAUUACUGCACCGCCUCAGCCAGAAACUGCAGAAGGACAAUGGGUCUCAAUACCAGCUCAGCAAUCUGCACAAAUUCAGCCAACUGCUGAUACAAUUAAACGUGAAGCAGCAAUUGCUUCUGAGAAACGACAGCAAAGAGUGACACUGCUCAAGCAACGUGAUGAGUAUCUGCGCAAAGUGAACAACUUAAAACGUGAGUUGAAAGUGCUGAAAGAUCAAAGAAGUGAAUUGAAAGCAUCAACGAGAACUCCACCUAGUCCCGAUACUUACAGAUUUCUGAAAGAAAAUUCUAAACUUCAGGUGGAGAUCAGCAACAAACUGAAGACAAUGAACAAUGUCAUUGAUAUGCUCUCAGGAAUUAUUGGUGAAGAUAUAAAGGAGAAUGAAAAUGAAAAGAGAAAAUCUGAUGCCAGAUCUGACAGCAGCCCUGAGAGAUCUACUAAGAAUGGGGAGAGAUCAUUUUCUUCUGACAAGAGCUCAAAGCAAAACUAUAACUACAUACAUUAUGAUCCUGAGAUGCAUUGGUGUCAAACUUGCAAUGUAUUUCCUAAGACAGCUAAGGAAUAUUUGCAACAUUUACAUGAUCCAGAACAUUUGCUGAACAUGGAAACUGGCCCUGGUUUGGAAGCACCUUGGCAUCAAAUUUUAAAUGAAGAUGACGAGGAACCUGCACCAGUUUCUGGCGCUGCAACCAAGCGUUUGCCUAUUCGAGGAUUACAACAUUUUAUUGCUUCUUCGGCAUGGUUUUGCAAACUCUGCAAUAAAUGGAUUGGAGAUUUACAUUGUGCUUCUGCACAUCUUAAAAGUAAAGGUCAUGCAAAAUCUUACAUGAGAUUUACGGAACAAAAUCCUCAUUGGGAAACUGAUUGGAUGGCUGAUCGACAGAAAGCUUAUGAGCGAUCAUGUAAUUCUAAUCCAGAUAAAAUCAAGAAAGAUCCACCAUUCUUGCAAAAUUCUGCUUCUGUAGAAGUAAGUGAACCCAAAUCUAAAAAGAAACAUUCCAAGAAGGAAAAGAGGAGUAAGAAGAAGUCAAAGAAGCACAAGAAGUCGAAAUCUUCAACAUCAGAAAGUUCUUCUGAUAGUGAAACUGAUAGUUCAGAUAAAAUGAGUGAAGAUAAAGGGAGUUCUAUUCGUGUUGCUAUGAGAAAUAAGUUAAAGCAACAAGAACUUGAGAAAGAGUCAAUACAAAGUAAAUGGCAGACAAGUAAAAAUGAAGAAUCCUUGAAGAAAACUAGUAGCCCACAAAAGCCAGAACGGGAUGAUAAAAUGUUGAUGCAAUGGAUGGCUAAUAAAGGCGUUUUGACUGAAAGUGACAAAAAGAUGUUUGAAGCUCUACGAAUGAGAUUGAAAAUGCGUCAAGAAGCAGAAGCAGAAGCUAAUAAAGAAGCAGAGUUUCAGAAAGUGACACCUCAACCCUCUGUUAUACCUUUAAUAAGAGAACAAGCUGAAGCAGCAGCAAAAAAACAGCGCGAAGCUGAAGAAGAAGCUGAGGCUCGCAAAGACAGAGAAAAAUAUGAAGCUGAAAGAGAAAAUGAGAGAAGAGAAAGGGAAAGGCGAGACAGAGAAAAGGAAAGAGAUAGAGAUUAUUACAAAGAUCGAUCAUAUUACCGAGACCGUAGAAGGUCUCCAGGGGAUUACAGAAAUCGCUAUUAUGAUAAAAGAUAUUCUAGAAGCCCAGAUAGAAGGCAUUAUAGAAGUAGAUCUCCUGAACAUCGAUCAAGAGUAGAAGCAGGAAUUAUCACAAAUCCUCCACCAGUUCCAAAACCAACAAAAUAUGAGAAAAAGAAAUAUAAAAAUCCAGAUGCAGAUUCUUCAGAUGAGAAAGAAAAGUCUAAGUUCAAACGAUCCAACUCAGCACAAGCUUCAAACAAAAAACUUCCAUUCAUUGGUCGUAUGCCUGUGUUUAAAUCGAAACCAAAAGAUGACAGUCCCAAAAAUGAUGAUGAUGGUGAUAAAAAAACUGGAUUAGAGAAGGCUCUUCAGAAGCGGGAUGAGAUAAAUGCUCAAAUUCAGAAAGCCAUGGAAGCAGGUACCAUCAAAUGUUCAAUGGAGCCUCCACCUGCUCCAUUCAUUUCAGGUCAUUCGGAUCAAAUGUUUGUUGAUAUGGCUCCACCACCACCAAAUAUUUCAUAUGAAGAUCCUCCUAUUGGUUUUGUUACUCAGCAAGAACUCCCUCCUGGUAUUGAAUCUCCGUCUGCCUUAGAUGAAAUUAAGAUUCCUAUUAAUGCUGCACCUCCCAAUAAAGAAUUACCUAAAGACUUUGCAGAUGCAUUAGACAUAAUUUUUCCCGGAGAACGCAAAGAAGGUGAUGAUAAGAAUGAUGAAAAUCCUGUGGCUCCACCUCCACCAAUGCCGAUGAUGGUUCCUGCUUAUCAAAUGGAAACUCAAAGUUAUACAGAUUAUACAUUUGCAUUACCAACUGGAGCCUAUGAAACGUCAGUUUCAGCAGUGCCUCCGCCUAUGCCAGUAGAUGAAGUUCAAGAAAGUGCAGAAGCCAAAGAUGAAGCGAUUUCUGAUAAAAAAGAUCAUCCCGAAAUGGAUGAUCUUGCAAUGCUCGGUAUUGAUGAGAGUGACAUCACAGCACAGCAUUUUUAGGAUUUGUUCAAUGAUGAAAAAUUUCUUUAUAUGUUACUUUCAAAUUUUAUGAUUAGUUUCUUUAAGUUUUCUUAAAAAUAAUCGCAUUCUCAACUAAA